CUGUGUGAGCAGCCUGCGAGCGGAGCUGCCCGCGCCCGGACACCGCCAGAAAUGUCCAAUGAACUCGAUUUUAGAUCCGUGCGUCUGAUGAAGAAUGACACCAUGAACUUCCAGAAAUUCCCUUACACCAGCGAAGAUGAAGCGUGGAAAACCUACCUGGAGAAUCCCCUGACUGCGGCCACCAAGGCCAUGAUGAGGGUGAACGGGGACGACGACAGCGUGGCCGCGCUCAGCCUCCUCUACGACUACUACAUGGUCCCCAAGGAGAAGAGGAUUCUCCCAGCUGGGAUGAUGGCACGCAAUGACCUGGCAAAGAGGCACUGCCACGGGAUGGAUUAUGAACCUGAGAUCCCUCCCUUCGAUGGCUCAGCCCAUCUCAUGAAGCUGCUGUCAGAAAACGUCUCCAUGAGCCAGGAGUUCUGCGAGCUGCCCAAGAAGAAUGGCCUGAGUCUCGAGGCUGUCCCUGCUCCUCACAAGGCAGCCCUGCUCCCUCCAGGCACCAGCAAGCUGGAAGCCACCCCCGACAACUUCCUGGUGGCCCCGGGGGACGUGUACGACAGCAGCUCCCUGAGCUCCCUGUUCGAGAGCCUGCCCAUGGCCCCGGCACAGCAGCGCUGGCAGCCAGACAGCACCUUCAAGGAGGACCCCCAGGAGACGCUGCUGUUCAGUGACAUCCUCAAACCCCAGGCAGAGCCACCCUGCCCCGAGAGCUACCCCACAGAUGGAGUGAAGAGUGACUUUGAAUACACUCUGGGGUCACCCAAAGCCAUUCACAUCAAAUCUGGGGACUCUCCCAUGGCCUACCUCAACAAAGGACAGUUCUACCCCAUCACACUGCGGACAGCUGGAGACAGCAAAUGUUUGCACUUGUCUUCAAAUAAAGUGAAGAGUGUGGUGAUGAUCGUGUUUGACAAUGAGAAGAUCCCCACGGAGCAGCUGAAGUUCUGGAAGCACUGGCACUCCCGGCAGCCCACGGCCAAGCAGAGAGUCAUCGACGUGGCUGACUGCAAGGAGAACUUCAACACGGUGCAGAACAUCGAGGAGUUGGCCUACAACGCCCUGUCCUUCGUGUGGAACAUCCACGAGGAAGCCAAGGUGUUCAUUGGGGUCAACUGCCUGAGCACAGACUUCUCCUCACAGAAGGGGGUGAAGGGAGUCCCCCUGAACCUGCAGAUCGACACCUACGACUGUGGCAGUGGCAGCAGCCAGCUGGUGCACAGGGCUGUGUGCCAGAUCAAGAUCUUCUGUGACAAGGGAGCAGAGAGGAAAAUGAGGGAUGAUGAAAGGAAACAGUUCCGAAGGAAAGGAAAAUGCCUGGACUCCAACAACAACGGUCUGAAAGGCUGUUUGCUCUCUGGCUUCAGAGGGAAUGAGAUCACGUUCCUGCGGCCCGAGAGCGACCUGGAGACGCAGCCGGUGCUCUUCAUCCCCAACGUGCAUUUCCCCACCCCGCAGAGGUGUGGCUCGGUGCUCCCUCCCGCUGUUCCCAACUCUGCAAACAGGCUGCCCCUGAAGCGGAGCGGCGCCUCCUUCACCGACGACUUCGACCCCAUCCCUCCAAAGCACAGCAAGGACGAAGAUCCCCAGAGAGUGCUGCUCUACGUGCGCAGGGAGUCCGAGGAGGUGUUUGAUGCUCUCAUGUUGAAGACCCCGGACCUGCAGGGCCUCAGGACAGCUAUUUCAGAAAAAUAUGGGCUUCCUGAAGAAAGCAUUUAUAAAGUCUACAAAAAGUGCAAAAGAGGGAUCCUGGUGAACAUGGACAACAACAUCAUCCAGCACUACAGCAACCACAUGGCCUUUCUGCUGGACGUGGUAGAGGCAGAGAACAAGUUCCAGAUCAUCCUCAAGGAGCUCUAAAGAGCUGCAGGCAGCACUUCCUGGGACUUCUCUCCGAGCUGGCACGUGUGACCCCACAGAACUCAGCCCGUGCCCCCUCUUGUUGCCUUGACUUGAACCCCCCAUGGCCCUGGGGCCGGGCCACAGACUGCUGUGAGAUCAUCCUGUGAACGUGGAACUUGGCUCUGUUGAAUUUAUUAUUAUUAUUAUUAUUAAUAUUAUUUUUUAUUAUAUUUUAUUCCCUU